GCUCUGCCCAUAGCAAAGCGAUGAGGUUAUAAUAGACCAAUGGCGAAGGGGAUUAAGUCACUGAUGUAUUGUUGUAUUUCCUUUCCACAGAUUGUCUAAAGCCACAGGGAAAAUGGUGGAAAAUUCACCGUCGCCAUUGCCAGAAAGAGCGAUUUAUGGCUUUGUUCUUUUCUUAAGCUCUCAAUUUGGCUUCAUACUAUAUCUUGUAUGGGCUUUUAUUCCUGAGCCUUGGCUAAACUCCUUAGGCUUAACCUACUGGCCUCAAAAAUAUUGGGCAGUGGCAUUACCUGUCUACCUCCUUAUCACUAUAGUAAUUGGUUAUGUACUCUUAUUUGGAAUUAACAUGAUGAGCACAUCUCCACUUGACUCCAUUCACACUAUCACAGAUAACUAUGCUACAAACCAAGAGCAGAAGAAAUACCAAGAAGAAGCCAUCCCAGCUUUAAGAGAUAUUCCUAUUAGUGAAGUAAACCAAAUGUUCUUUCUUGCAGCCAAAGAACUUUACACUAAAAACUGA